CCCAGGUCCUGAUAUGAUUCCCUCAACUUUUUUAAAAUACGGUGGUGAAGACAUUCCUAUUCUCCUUCUUAAAUUGUUCUCUACCUCUCUAUCAACUGGAACAUAUCCAGAUGCAUGGAAAACCACGCACAUUACCCCUAGGUAUAAGUCAGGCUCCCGUUCAAGUGUCAUGAGUUACAGACCCAUUAACCUAACUUCUGUUAUUUCAAGGGUUCUGGAAAAGAUCGUGAAAAGUGCCAUUUUUGACUUCCUCUCUCAAGAGAAACUUAUCACUCCUUAUCAACACGGUUUCAUGAAGUCACGUUCUUGUACGACAUGCCACUUACAAUUUUUCGACCACAUCUCACAACUUAAAGAUUCCAGUAUGAUCACAGUUAUCGUAUACUUAGAUCUUAGUAAAGCCUUUGACACUGUAAGCCACCGACUGUUAAUAUCAAAAGUCCAGUCCUAUGGGAUCCAAGGUUCAUUGUUAAGCUGGCUCAGUUCGUUUUUAAGCAACCGGAUGCAAAUGGUCAGGUUAGGUUCCCACACAUCCAACCCCGUUCGGAUAACAAGUGGAGUUAUACAAGGUAGUGUCCUAGGUCCACUGCUAUUCCUGUUAUAUUUCAAUGACAUUUGCGACGUUAUUAAACAUGGCAGACCUUUCCUAUUCGCCGAUGACAUCAAAAUAGUGUAUCACUCACUCAGAAAUGAAGUGUCAUGUGUAUUUAGUAGGAUUCAAGAUGAUAUUGAGAGCGUCCAAUUAUGGUGUAACACAUGGAAAAUGAAGUUUAACGUUGAAAAAUGUGGUGUGCUAUGCUCCAAAAGCAUUUCAUCUGAACUUUCCAUCUCCCUACACAACAAACAUAUUCCUCGUCUGCCGCUUACAACAGACUUGGGUCUGAAAUACACUCCAGAAUUUAGCCUGACGGAAUACGUUAAACUACAAGUAUCAAAGGUCAAAAGGCUCUUUGGAUUUUUAUUCCGAAACUUUAAGACCAGUGAAUCCAAAAUUAUGCUGUACAAGUUGUGCGUAAGGCCCUUACUUGAAUUUUGUCCCCCUAUCAUGGACAGUGUCUCCGUAAAAGACAGAUGCAAAUUAGAAAGUCUACAAAGGGCGUUUACUAAACGUCUAGUAGGUGAAAAUCUUUGCAUUUCUUACUACGACAGAUGUAAUCUAUUCGACUUGGAACCCUUAUGGGUUAGACGACUGAAGUUCAACCUAAAAAUUACAUUUAGGAUUGCUAAAGGGCUUAUAUAUUUCCCCCACAAUGACUUUACUUUCAGUUCACCUAAGAAAUAUAACCUGAGAAAUAAAUCUUCUUCUUUUAAAGUUCCCCGCUGUCAUACAAAAUACAGAUCAAACUCUUUCACUGUGAGAUACCGUUGCAUUUGGAACCGUCUUCCAACUGAAAUUAGAGACAGUCCUACCCCAAAAACUUUCUCAUCUUUGCUGAACAAAUAUUUCAUUAACAACGGGUUAGAAGGGGUAUGUGACAAACUAAAAAUUAGAGAUCUAAUACGGCACUCCUCUGAUCCUCACUGUUAGCUCCUGAAAUCUGUAAACCCUAUGUUUGACACCACUUUCACUAUGAUUGCUUUCACAACCCUAGACACCUAUUCUUAAUCAGCCUUAAAUUUUAAAAUUUUUUUAUUUCCUUCAAAUAUUUUUGCAUAUAUCCCUGAUAAUAUUGUAUUAUGAGUAUUUCAGUAUGCUAAGGUUCAAUCUCAAAUUCCAGAUGCAAAUCAACUGAAGACGACUGGUAUUAAAAUAUCUCCGGAGCCUGCCUAGUGCUAUACGUCUAGCUCUACGCAAAUUAAGGCCAAAAUGGUAGUUGUCUAAAUAUUCAAAUAAACGGUGAGUUUUCAAUAGUAGUGACUCUUAUCCUAUUAUUCUAUAACUAUAAUCCUGUAUGUUCAAAUUUUCUAGAACAACAUAUUAUAACUUACCACUACUUAUUUGCUCAAUGCUGCACGAUUAUUCCCUGAUUUUCUAAA